AAAAUACCUAAGAAAGUAUAAGCCAAAGUACCGGUCAAAAAAAUAAAAAAUAACACUUAUUUUGACUAUUGAAGUAUCUGUCAUGUACAAUUUUGUUGCGAAAUAUCAAUCAGAAUCAGGAUCAGAACAAUUUCCAAUAAAAUAAAAUUUUCGCGAGAAUUUCCGAGAAGUUUUUUUUUUUUAAAUUCCCGUAGAUGGCACUAGACACUUUUAAAACAUUUCCGGAUUCGAGUUCGUUACUUUUGAAUUGCGGGUUCAAUCUUCGAACGAUUGAGCUGAAGGCUAGUUGACAUUCAGGUUUGACUUUUCGCAUUGAUUUUCGCGCAAGUGUCAAGAGUUUAAUCUCUUUAAAUGAUUAAUAGGAUUUGCAAUUGAUGAGAAACUAAUCACCUUCAAGUGCCGUAAAGAACCUAUUUAAGGGAUUUGAAAUCAUGAGAACUUAUUUCCCCUUCCAAUUCAGCACAAAAUCUGAUGUGAAAAUUCUCCCACCAUUAGACGUUAAGGGGUGGAGCCAACUGGUAUGUGCACAACAUCCUGGUAACUCACUUCCUGUCCAAUAGCGGACAUAAAUUGGUGAAUGAAUCUCUUGUUGAGGGUGGUGGACCACGGCUUUCGGUUGAAAUUUUAUUAGAAUUUUGUGGCAGUCGUUGAGCAGUGGUCUUUCUGAACAGUUGUGCAAUACGGAUUGCAAGGACUCUAACGGUGAAACAAAAUGUCCAAGCAGCCAAAGCUCCCUUCCACCAAAGGAUUACUGACGGCGUUCGAGAACGCCAACGCCAGCCUGCUGGCCACGGCCCUCAUAUCGGUUCCUCUGGGCAGCGCCAAAACCGAACUACCCCACGAUUCCGACGAGGACCUUUCGGAUUUUUCCUCCAACGAAAGUGACGGCCUCGAGGACGAUUCACCACCCAUCUCCGACGAGAAAAAGGAAGAACCUCCGUCGUGUCUCAAAGCGGGGGGCUCGUCUUCGCUGGCGGUCGUUCCGGCUCUACCGCCGGUGCUGAAUCUGGCCGGAACCAAACUGGGCAUCGGCGGUGGCACCGUCGUCCGGAAGAUGUUCACCAACACCCGCGAGCGGUGGCGCCAGCAGAACGUGUCCGGAGCGUUUGCCGAACUUCGCAAGCUGGUCCCGACUCAUCCGCCGGACAAGAAGCUGUCCAAGAACGAGAUCCUUCGAAUGGCCAUCAGGUACAUUCGGCUGCUGAGUAACGUCCUGGAGUGGCAGAAGAAGCAGGAAGUCCUGGAGCAGUCUGGCGCUUCGGAAAGACCGUUGGAAUCGCUCGUCAAGCCCAACGGAUUUCACGGCAAACCUCCAACUCAAUACCACCGUGGGAACAAUGAGAAUCACUUUACCGGGAACUUCCGGGACAACGGAAACAACCUUCUUAUGGUCGUUCCGAAACCCUUCAGCAAACUUCACUUCCCACAGAAGUGCUCAUCGGAACUAGCCGGAAACGCCGGACCAUGUUACCGUCCCAUCAAAACGGAAUCCUUUCUAAAUUUGGAACCUACGACCAUCGAGCGGAUCAAACUGGUCAGCAAGCUGUGUCCGACUGGGCGGAUUGGCAAAACCGGGAGCAGCUUGAGGAAUCGUCGGAAGGCCAAUCCUUUGUGUGCCAUCGGCGAUGGGGGAUUGAAAGGAGAUCUUUCCGGAUUCAAUGGCGUGACCACGGUGGAAAGUGAGAUAAAGCGGGAGGUAAAUUCUUCGUGCAGUAGCGAGUAUCCGCCGGAAGUGGAUGUGCAAGGGGUCAAAUUUGAACCGACGGCAGGUGGAAAGAAAAGGUCGACUGAAAGGGGUGAACGGUUUGAAGAUGAGAAGAAAUCAAAGUAUUAAUAGAACAGUUUCGUAAAGUUGUAAUCUGGUAUCGUGAACAUAAUUGAAUUGAUCAUUACUUGAAAUAUCUGCACGUGAGACAAUAAAUCGCUACCAAAUAAAAAAAGUUUGUAU